UAAAAGAACCCUGAGAGAUGCAGACGCACUAUCUUUUGAGGCUGGCGUGAGAAGCGUAUUAUUUGAAUUUAAUGCGCUGAUAACGUUGGUGCGUAUAAUAAACUUACAGAUACGCAAACCUCCUCCAGCAGUAUACACUGCUAUACCACUGGACAAAUCAAGAUGUUCGAUAAUGUUCUGCAAUCUUUCGAUGUGGUUAGCUUAUUGAUAGUGGCGAUAUUCUUUCUUUUGGUGGGAUACCGGCCCCCUUGGUGGAUUAAAAAAACCGCGAAGUACACUUCAACCAAUGUUUCAAACAUCCCAGGACCUUUAUCCUUGCCCAUUCUGGGUACAAGGUGGAUUUUUACGUUCGGUGGUUAUAGUUGUGGUAAAAUUCACGAAUUCUACAGUGACAUGUACAAAAAGUAUGGGAGUGUUAUGAAGGAAGAAGCUCUGUUUAAUGUACCUGUUAUAAGUGUUUUCGAAAAGCAGGAUAUUGAAAAAGUGUUGAGGAGCAGUGGAAAGUACCCGAUAAGGCCUCCGACUGAAGCCAUAGCGCAAAUCCGAAGACAGAGGCCCGAGAGAUAUGCCAGUACUGGAAUUGUUAAUGAGCAAGGUCAAACAUGGCAUUAUCUACGCACUACUUUAACAUCCGACCUAACAAGCCCCAAAACAAUAUCCGAAUUUAUUCCUCAGAUAGAGGCGAUUGCGGACGACUGGUGUAACCUGCUCACUCAACUGAAAGACACAAAAGGCCAAAUCGACGACAUGCACCAGGUAAUCGGCCGUUUGGGCCUCGAAGUAACUUGCGCCCUAGUCUUAGGCAGAAGGAUGGGAUUCCUGAUACCUGGACAAGAAUCCGAUUCAGCUCAAAUAUUGGCGAAAGCAGUACACGACCACUUUUUAGCAGUUAGAGACACCUACUUCGGUUUGCCGUUCUGGAAAUUAUUCCCCACGUCGGCCUACAAGCAGCUGGAACAAAGCGAAGAAACUAUCUACAAGAUAGCCAUGGAAUUGAUUGAAACAGCUGACGAUUCCACCAAGGAGAGUGCGAUUUUUCAAUCAGUAUUAAGAGCGAAUGUGGAUAGCAGAGAAAAAACAGCUGCCAUUGUUGAUUUUAUAGCUGCUGGAAUACACACUUUAAAAAACAGUUUGUUGUUUUUGCUAUACCUAGUAGCAACCAAUAUAAAUUCCCAGAAAAAAAUCCUUGAUGAUCAUUCAAAAAAUUAUUUGAAAGCUUGCAUAAACGAAUCGUUUAGGUUAUUACCGACGGCCAAUUGUCUUGCAAGAGUUACCGAAGAAGAAUUAACAUUGUCAGGUCACAAAGUUGAUGCAGGGAGUGUUUUAUUAUGCCACACAGGUAUCGCAUGCAGAAACGAGAACAAUUUUACAAAUCCAAACAAUUUUAUCCCUGAACGAUGGCUUGAUGAACAAAAGAGCAUAACGUCAAGCAACGCUACGUUUUUGGUCACCCCUUUUGGGGUUGGAAGACGCAUUUGUCCCGGAAAAAGGUUAAUUGAACAAGUGUUGCCCAUUAUCGUAGACGCCACUGUCAAAAAGUUUCACAUUAAAGAAGUAACCGCCCUGGAAUUGCAGUUCGAGUUUCUUUUGUCUGCAAAAGGACCGAUGGCCAUGAUUUUUGAAGAAAGGCGUUAAUAAUGUUUGUUUUUUAUUUUUAAAAUGUGAUAGUUUCUUAUAGUACAAAUUAUUUUUUUAUAGUUCAUACCAUUAUAUUUACAUUACAAACUAAAUACAAGCUGUAUUAACCAA